UAAAAAAGUACCACUUAAAUGGGAAUACAAUUGCCUUAAGAUAUAGAGAAGGCUAUUAAGAAACCGAAGCCGGAAGCUAACAAUUUUGGAGAAGUCACCCAAAAUUUUCAAUCAAAUCACGCAUAUGAUUUAUUUCCCGUAACAAGAAACCAUCAUCAAUACUAGUAGUUAUGUUAAUUAACCUACAUACGAAAAACCAACAAUCAAAAUCAAAAUCAAAAUCAAAAUCCUCAUAUUCUAAAAACCCCAACUAAACUAAAUUACACACUUCACCGCUCGAACGAAUCGCCUGUCAACAAUCAGCAGUUAGUGUAAUCGAACCAUUGAAUCCAUCACCCCAAAAUCUCUGAAAAUCGAACCCAAUUUUGCUGGUUUUGGUUCGACAUGUUUUGGAGGGGGCGUGAAAGGGAGAUUAUUAAAGACAAAAAUGGGCUUCCUCCCUGUGGUCAGGUUCGAGUUCUUGUCGUUGGUGAUUCAGGUGUUGGGAAAACUUCUCUUGUUCAUCUAAUUGUGAAAGGUUCAUCAAUAGCUCGUCCUGCUCAAACAGUUGGGUGUACGGUGGAUGUAAAGCAUUUUACAUAUGGAUCAUCUAGUAGUAGCUCUUCAAGUAGCAUUAAAGGCGACAUGGAUAGAGAAUUCUUUGUCGAACUUUGGGACGUCUCUGGACACGACCGCUAUAACGAUUGUCGCUCCAUGUUCUAUUCUCAAAUAAAUGGGGUUAUUUUCGUACACGAUCUCUCUCAGAGAAGGACAAAAACAAGUUUGCAGAAAUGGGCUGCAGAGAUUGCCGCUACUGGGACAUUCUCAGCCCCGCUAGCAAAUGGCGGGCCUGGUGGGCUUCCUGUACCAUACAUUGUCAUUGGAAACAAAGCAGAUAUAGCGUCUAAAGAGGGUAGAAGAAAUAGCAGUGGAAAUCUUGUGGAUAUUGCCCGCCAGUGGGUUGAAAAGCAGGGUUUACUUCCACCAAGUGAGGAGCUUCCUUUGACCGACAGUUUUCCUGGUAGUGGUGGUCUUUUGGCGGCUGCAAAAGAAGCAAGAUAUGACAAGGAGUCCGUAAUGAAGUUUUUCCGCAUGUUGGUGAGGAGGAGAUAUUAUUCAGAUGAUUUGCCCACUGCAAACCCAUGGUCCACCAUCAUACAACAACCGUUGCAGAGGUCUGAUGACAACUUGAGCGAUGAAGAUCGUAUAUACUCCAGUACUACCAGUCAAAUCGGAAAUGUUCUACCGCCACUGCCAGCUCAGCGUAAUCUAACUCCGCCUCCAACGCUUUAUCCUCAGCAGCCUGUGUCGACCCCUGAAAACUAUAACUUCCCGAGGUUUCGGCCUCCAGAAUUAAGCAGUAUUAGGUCGAAACGCACUGAUAUAAAUGUCUGAUGCAUCUCUGCAUUUUGUUAUUCACUCUUAUAAGAAAAAAGAUGUAUGCAUCUUUGAUAGAAGUUCAUGUUUUGGUUUGGUGGUUUGUUGAAACAAUGCUAAUUUUCAGUAAAUAUGUUCCUUUUACUAGAA